CAGGUGCGGUACUCAAGAUUUUGUUCGGAAGUUAUAAUUUUGAAAACGUAUGUUUUCAGGGAUAACUUCUGUCUUGGUCAAGUGACUAUUUCGCUUAAAGUUAACGCUUUCUAUAUGAAAAGAAGAAUUGUCAUCUCCUUUCUCAACUCUCUUUGCAUCCUCUUUCAUUGUUGACCUAAGUGAACUGUGUGAAAUAUUAGCCGAACAGAUUUUCAACUAUUACUGUUAUUAUGGAGAAGCAGCAUCGCGAUGUAAUUAGAAAGUUACGCGUCUAUUUCGUGAAGAAUAUUUCCAACUUGGAAGAAAUCCUGGACAUACUUGAAUCGUCUAUGAUUAUAACAGAAAAUCAACGGCAGUCAAUACUUUGUGCGACAACAAUCGCAGAAAAAAUACGUAAAUUCUUGGAUAUUAUAGUGAGAUGUGGUCCACUCGCUUAUGACAAAUUUAAAAGUGCACUUUUAGAAACCAAUCAAAAAGAUAUUUAUGAUGUAAUGAAUGAAACGGAGAAGAAUAACAUUCCCGACGAAAAACCUAGUUCAACUGAAUAUCAUUCUGAUAAAAGAAAUGAUAGUGUCAUGAUCCCAGAUAGGGUGAACAUACAUCCAUUAACACCGUAUACUGUAACUUCAUCUCCACAUGGCUAUGUUCUCAUAAUAAAUAUUGAAGAGUAUACUCGUGAGUCUGGUGUACCUAGUCGUCAUGGCUCAUCUCAAGAUGCUUCUAAACUUCAACGUCUUUUUGAAGACUUCCAUUACAGUGUCGCUGUUAUUAAAGACCUUACAGGUGGAAAUCUAAAAAGAGUAGUAGAAGAAUUCUCCUGUAAAUCAGAACAUCGUAAUGUCGAUGCAGCUGUUCUUAUUAUCCUUGCACAUGGCUUAGAACAUCAUAUAAUAGCAAGUGAUGGUACUUAUGUUAGUAUUGAUGAAUUGGUUGGUUGUUUCACCAACAAAAAAUGCCCUCUUUUAGCUGGAAAACCCAAACUAAUAUUAAUACAAGCCUGUCGAGGUGAAGAACGUUGUCAUAAUGGUCUUGUAAAACGUGAUUUUUCAGAUUCUCUAUUAUCAGGUUCCUGUGAAGUAUCAUUAGAUCCUAGUUCUUGGUUAUCACUGCCGCAUAUGAGUGAUUGUGUAAUUGUAUAUUCCACUUUACCUGGAUUUGUAUCUUGGCGAUCGGAGACAGAAGGAAGUUGGUAUGUCAAAGUUUUUGUUGAAGUAACUAGACUACAUGGUCACAGACUACAUAUUCUUGAACUUUUAACAGAAGUUAACAAUGUUCUUGUCUCGGAAGCAUCGAAUUAUAACAUCAAACAGAUAUCACAACCUGUUACAACACUUACAAAACCAUACUACCUGUCUACUCUCAAGACAUAAACAGGUACACACUUACUAUUUUAGUGUUCAUAGAUAUUUUUUUAAACUGUAACAAUUAUUAUUCUAGCUUUUUUUGUAUACAAAACUUUUAGUCCUUUUUCUACAUGUGAUAUAGAUGCCAUUAUUUUUAAUAAGGCGUUUGUGUGUUUUAUUUUACUUCACUUCUGUUAUACCGGUGUAAAUAUUAGAAGAAAUGAUUUUGAAUC